UUUUGGAUGGACGCGAAGGUUCUGUAGCUCUGUGGAUCAGUUUCUGCGUUCCUCGCUAACGUUACUUCAUCCACAGCGGGACGGCAGUUAAACAUAUAGUGAACCGAGGCUUUGAAAAAAUAAUCAUUCAGCUUUAAAAAGAUGAAGCUGCGGUGGGGUUGGACGUGUCUGGUGCUGCUUUCAGUCGCCAUGGUGACAUGGACACAGGAGGAGGAGGUGGAGGAUGGAGAAGUGGACUCGGAGACAGACAGUAGUGAAAUAAAAGCUGACGCCAAUGUGUCCUUCCAGGUGACAUAUAAGACUCCUGUUCCAACUGGAGAAGUGUUUUUCUCAGAGUCAUUUGAUGAUGGAUCCCUCAGCAGAUGGGCAAAGUCUAAGACAAUGAAGGAGGAUGCUGAUGAAGAUAUUGCUAAGUAUGAUGGCAGGUGGGAGGUCGAGGCCCUCAAAGAGAACAGAGUACCUGGUGAUCUGGGUUUGGUCCUGAAGUCGCGUGCAAAGCAUCACGCCAUCGCAGCUCUUCUGAAUAAACCGUACGUCUUCGAGGACAGGCCGCUCGUCGUCCAGUAUGAAGUCAAUUUUCAAGAUGGCAUUGACUGUGGUGGUGCCUAUAUCAAGUUGCUGUCUGAUUCUCCCAGCUUGGAUUUGGAGCAGUUUCAUGACCGGACCCCAUACACUAUCAUGUUUGGACCAGAUAAGUGUGGAGAAGACUAUAAACUUCACUUCAUCUUCAGACACAAGAGCCCUAUAAAUGGAGACUUUGAGGAGAAACAUGCCAAGCGUCCUGACACAGACCUUAGGAAGGUGUACUCUGACAAGAAGACUCAUCUCUACACUCUUGUUCUGAACCCGGACAACAGCUACGAGAUGUUUAUCGACCAAUCCAGUGUUAGCAAAGGAAGCUUGCUAACGGACGUGGUCCCACCAGUAAAUCCCCCUAAAGAGAUUGAUGAUCCCAAAGACACCAAGCCAGAGGACUGGGAUGAGAGAGCCAAGAUCCCUGACCCUGAAGCAGUCAAGCCCGAUGACUGGGAUGAAGACGCUCCAGCGAUGGUGCCGGAUCCGACUGCGAUGAAGCCGGAAGGCUGGCUGGAUGAUGAACCCGAGUUUGUGCCAGACCCUACAGCAGAGAAACCUGAAGACUGGGAUGAGGAGAUGGAUGGAGAAUGGGAGCCGCCGCAGGUGUCCAACCCGGCGUGUCAGACUGCACCAGGGUGCGGCGAGUGGAAAACCCCCGUGAUCAAUAACCCCAAGUACAAGGGCAAGUGGAAGGCUCCUCUAAUAGACAACCCCAACUAUCAGGGUGUGUGGAGUCCCCGUAAGAUUCAGAACCCAGACUAUUUUGAGGAUCUGGAGCCAUACAAGAUGGCAUCGUUCAAGGCUGUGGGGCUUGAGCUGUGGUCCAUGACUUCUGACAUCUACUUUGACAACUUCCUCAUCACUGCAGACAAAGAGGUGGCAGAUCGCUGGGCUGCAGACAGCUGGGGACUCAAGAAACUGGUGGCUAGUGCCAAUGAGCCAGGAGUGUUCAGUCAGCUUGCCCUAGCAGCAGAGGAAAGGCCGUGGUUGUGGGUGGUUUAUGCCCUCACUGUGGGGCUGCCAGUGGGGCUGGCUGUGCUAUUUUGCUGGCCUAAGAAGGCUGAUAAUGAUUACAUCUAUAAGAAAAUUGACCCGCCCAAGACGCAAGAUGUAGAAGAGGACGAGGAAGAUGACGACGAGGAGGAAGAACAGGAUAAAGGGGAGGAAGAGGACGGAGGCAAGUCGCCAGAGGCUCCUGGACUCAGUGCUCAGGAUGAGAUCAGGACUGGAGAGGAGAGCAACACAGCAGGAGACGAAUCUUUGGAGCAGGACAGAGAGGAAGAGGAGGAGGAAGAAGAGGAGCCUAGCAAGUCAAACGACACAGCGUCAGAUGAUGAGAUGAAGGAUGCCGAUGAGGGGCUUCAGGGCAGCGGACACAAACAGGCUGUGAGAAAGAGAGGAGUACGUAAGGACUGACGGGCCUUGUUCCUUCCACUCGUGCCCUCUGCCCUCUUUUCUCUGUUUCUUACCCUCCCGGCCUUCUAGAUGCUGCAUGCUCCUGGCUUUGCAAAGUCAACUGGAGCUCCUCCCCCCUGGCCCCUUCACUGGAGCUCCUCCCCCCUGGCUCCUUCACUGGAGCUCCUCCCCCUGUUCCUUCCAGUUCAAAGUCUUCCUCUCCACUACUACUUUUGGGUCAGGUUUAGCUGUACCCUCAAAACUGCUGCAUUUUCAGUCUGAUGUUUUUGAAGGGGGUAGCUUUGACGCCAGUUUUUACUAUUUAAGCUUAAGAACUGUGACAUAAGGGUGUUUUAGGAAGAAAUAUGAGAAUAUGAGAAUGUUCAAGAAUAUUUUAAGAAAUUGUUAAGUUAUUUAAAAUGUCACCACCAGUUUUGUCUGUUUAGAUUUUGUUUAUCUUUGUUGAUCAAAAGAAGUGCACUGAAUAUAUUUAUUGUUUGUAAAAUGAUGCAGCUAAACUGAGUUUGACAUAGGACAUUUAAAGAUCUUGCUUUCUGUUUAGCCACAACUCGAGUGAGAGAGCUUGACAUGUAGUCUGAAUCGGCAUUCACAAUACAUUUGACCAAAAUGUUAGUUUAGUUGUCUAAGGUAAAGAAGGAAAAGCAAGAAAAUCGUAAAUUCUAACAAUUCAAAAGCGAUUUCAAGAUCCAGGUCAUGAUCAGUAUAUACAGGGGGAAACAGCGAUUAGUGCAUGCGAAUACAGUCUCACUUCAUGCAAGCCCUCAACUCACUAGUAGGACAAGUUUAGUUUUGAGUUUUCAAAUGUUUGUCUUGAACAAUGCAACAUUUUUUGCUUUUCCCCCCUUUUCUUGUAGUUUUGCCAUGCAAAGGCAGCUUUUUGUUUACAUGUUUGUAAACUGAACAUUUGCUCUUAAAUAAAUAUUUAAUACAAAA